AUGAAUGGUCGUGGCAACAAGGCCAACGGAGCGGUGAACAAUCAAACUUUCAGAAAAUUCCUGUACAAUAAAGACAAAGGCACAUGCCUUGGACGAACUUCGAAGUCAUGGGUUCAAAUAAUCGCAUUUUAUGUUGUCUUUUAUUCAUCAUUGGUAGCGUUUUGGAUUGGAUGCUUAGCAAUAUUUCUUAGUACAUUGGACUCCAAUGUACCUCGAUAUUAUGGUAAAGGCACAAUCAUCGGAAUAAAUCCCGGUAACUUAUUUUGGAUUCGUUUUUUUUUUUACAGGCUUGAUAUCGUAUCUGAAUAGUA